UGCAUGCUGUAAUUUGUUUGCUUUUGCACCAGUGUAAGAACCCUAAACCACCGCUAUCACCGACUCAAGGGUCAUUUCACUAUUACUUAAUAAAUGUGCACCAUCCCUCCUCCCACUCCGCCCACUGCAGAGGACUCAUGCAGGACCAGCAACUCGUUUCCUUAUUUGAACCGCAGAAAAAAGAGCUGAAGUAUGACUCGUCGUGUGGCGGUGAUUGGAGGAGGGAGCUCAGGUCUGGCCUGCAUCAAGAGCUGUCUGGAUGAAGGUCUGGAGCCGGUCUGCUUCGAAAGCAGCGAUGACAUCGGUGGUCUGUGGAGGUUUAAGGAGAAUCCAGAGGCAGACAGGGCCAGCAUCUACCACUCUGUCAUCAUCAACACGUCCAAGGAGAUGAUGUGUUUCAGUGACUUUCCCAUCCCUGCACACUACCCCAACUACAUGCACAACUCCCUCAUCAUGGACUACUUUCGGUUGUACGCCGACCACUUCCAGCUCACCAAACACAUACGUUUCAACACCAGAGUCUUGCAGGUGAAGCAGAGAUCAAAUUUUUCUCAAUCGGGCCAGUGGGACGUUGAGACAGAGAACAAGGAUGGCCAAAAGCAGAAACACAUUUUUGACGCUGUGAUGAUCUGUAUCGGACAUCACUGCCACCCAAACCUGCCGCUGCACGACUUCCCAGGAAUUGACACUUUCAAGGGAAAGUACUUCCACAGCCGAGACUACAAGACUCCAGAGGAGUGGAGGAAUAAAAAGGUGGUGGUGAUUGGAAUAGGAAACUCUGGAGGAGACAUCGCAGUGGAGCUGAGCAGAGUCACCAAGCAGCUUUACCUGAGCACUCGGAGAGGAGCCUGGAUUCUGAACCGAGUCGGGGACAACGGGGUGCCCCUUGAUUUGCAUUUCAACAGGGUGUUGAAUUUUUUGCAGAGCGUCCUGCCCUUCAGUCUGACCUGUGGUAUAGCAGAGAGCCGGCUCAACCAAAGAUUUGAUCACUCUCUGUACAAUCUGAAGCCAAAGCACAGGUUCUUCAACCAACAUCCCACAGUGAACGAUGAGCUUCCCAACCGCAUCCUAUCUGGAACGGUUCAGGUGAAACCCAACAUCCGCAGGUUUCAGGGGUCCAGUGUGGAGUUUGAUGAUGGAAGUGUUGUGGAAGAUGUCGACCUGGUGGUGUUUGCCACAGGUUACAGGUUUUCCUUUCCAUUCCUGGCCUCACAUGUGGUCUCGGUGACCGAGAACAAAGCCUCUCUGUACAAGUUCGUGUUUCCUCCUGAGUUGGAGCGCCCCACUCUGGCUAUCAUCGGUCUAGUGCAGCCGCUGGGAGCCAUUAUGCCCAUCUCUGAGAUGCAGGCCAGGUGGGCCACGCGUGUCUUUAAAGGCUGCACCAAGCUUCCCUCAAUGGAUUCCAUGCUGAAAGAUGUCCAAUGCAAGCAGGCGACAAUGGCCAAAAGGUAUGUGUCCAGUCAGAGACACACCAUCCAGGUUGACUAUGUCGCCUACAUGGAUGAGAUAGCAGAGCUGGUGGGAGUUCAACCCAGCUUGCUGAGGCUGCUGCUGACUGAUCCCAGGGUGGGACUGAAUGUGAUGCUGGGUCCCAGCACACCGUACCAGUACCGUCUCAGAGGACCAGGGAAGUGGGCCGGAGCCCGUCAGGCCAUCUUCACUCAGUGGGAGAGAGUGGCUCAACCCAUGCAGACCAGACCCUGUGAUGAUCCAGAACCCAAGAGAUCCUUUAAGUGGCCUCUGAUUCUGGCGGCUGCUGCUGUGGGCUCGGCCGCCGCCUACGUCAACAGGAACAACCUUCAGGCUUUCCUCCAGGAUCCCACUGCGCUGUUUGACAAGAUAAAAGUUUACCUUCCUGCACAGUGAUCUGCAAUUCAUGCUUGUUCCACUCGUUAACAUGUGUUAAUCUUUUAACACAUUCAUCAUACAAGUUUUUACAGUUAACACUAUAUUACCCAACAACAUCGUAAAUGGACAAUAUACAAAGAUAUGUGAAUGACGCCACCUCAUGGCCUCAUGAAGACUGAUUUUAUACUAUGCUAAGCUAUUCAACAUAUCCCAUAUGUGAUUAUUUGUAUCCCGGUCUGGGUUCUCUAACUUCUUAGCAAAGCAUACUAUUUUUUCAAAUAGCUAAUUAUCUAUAGCUUUUAUUUCAUAUGUUCAUACUUUUACAAUCUCCAAGUAUGUUCUGUCCUUGCUUCUCACUGUAUAAUCUUGAGAUCAUGUGGUUGAAAGUAUCUCUCCCUGACAGGAAAUCAUCCGUAAACGUGAGAUUACAUACCUCAUACCUCAAAAAACCUUAUGAAUGAGUUAAAAAGGAUGAAUGGCAGCAUUUAUGGUGCUGUUCUUUGGAAACAAAUCUGUGUAAUGUCUUUAUGUAGUUUGUAAUUUGCGUUUAAUAUAUAAGGGUGAAAAAAGUAAUUUAAACAAAAAAGAUCAGGGAAAAACAAUACCUAAACAUGGCUGAAAGGCAAAGAUGCUAAAUUUUAUGUUUAGUUUUAUUACCAGCUCUUUCUAUUAACAUACAUGUUAAACUUAACUAAAUGUAUUCAUAUGUAAUUUGCAUUGUCCAGCUGCUUUCUACAGAAUGGAUUGCUAUACCAUUUUUACCAAAAACUAAUGCUCAGUCCAUGUUUGUAUGAAUAAAAAGUACACCUCGAUA